UAUGUACAGGAGCGGGAAAUUGCUCUGUGCAUUCAGUAGAUUGUCGAUUGAUCACUGCUCCUUCUUCGAAAAAAGAUAAACGCCUCCAGGAAUAUCCGGGAAAAUGCUGGAUAACUUUGAACCAGUUGUAAGAUUUCUCGCGCACUAUCAAGGUGACGAGUAUGUGAAAGGAUGGGCCGAACUGUGGGAUAAGGGCGACUGCCUUGACUGGGAUAAAGGGUUUCCCAACCCAGCAUUAGAAGAUACACUUAUCCAGCGCCGCUCGACCAUCGGUGAUCCUAUAGUCGAGGAUGCGGAGGGAAAUCAGUAUAGGCGGAAGGCACUGGUUCCUGGAUGCGGUCGAGGCGUUGAUGUACUUCUUCUCGCCAGCUUUGGCUAUGACGCCUAUGGCCUGGAGUAUAGCCAUUCUGCUGUCGAAACCUGCAAGAAGGAAGAAUCCGAAACAGGCGGCAGAUAUCCGAUCAGAAAUCCAUCAUUCGGAAGAGGCAGCGUCACAUUUGUGCAAGGCGAUUUCUUCGAUGAUGCUUGGUUGGACACCCUGGGUUUACAGCGAUAUGCCUUUGAUCUAGUGUAUGAUCACUCGUUUUUCUGUGCCCUGGAUCCAUCGCUCCGCCCCAGAUGGGCUCUGCGACAAACUCAGCUUCUUGUCUCAAAUGGCCAUCUAGUCUGCCUCGAAUAUCCGAGGCACAGGGAUCCCUCCGAGAUGGGACCACCGUGGACUGCAUCAUCCGAAGAUUACUGGAAGCACCUCACGCAGCCAGGAGAGGAUGUAUUCAACUCCAAGGGCAGCCCGAAUGGCAACGGGCUUGUACGGGUAGCACACUGGCAGCCGGACCGCACACACGAGAACGGAAAGGAUCCCAAUGGUAAUAUUCAGGAUCGCGUUGCCAUCUGGUGUCGGCGCGACACGGCUCGGAAAACGUUUUGCAAAGAUUGCUGAGGCUAAGCUGCGGUGCUGCUGCCAAAGAGUUCCAAGAGUUCCAAGAAAAAAUUGAUUGAAAAUCUUAUGUAUUAG